UGUCUUUCCAGGGCUGGUGAGGUGGUGGUGAUGCUGUAUCCCAUCAGCUGGACGUCAGAUGAAACGCAGCCUCCACCAGCAUCCAGGGAUGCCCAAGCUUAGUGAAGAAAUAGAGCGGCACCCACACACAUACACAACCAUCUCUCAACCUCUCCUAACCUGAGGACAUCGACGCCAGAAUAAAAAAAAAUUCCAGUGAUACUAUGGCGGAUAAAAAUGGAAGAAAAUUUUGCAAAAAUGAUGAACGAGUCCCUUCGUUUAAUUGCAAAAAAUGUCAAGCGCCAGAUUUAGCGAUGAAUUUUUGUGUGUGUGUGUGUUGAACUGUGACUGAAAGUCACUUGUGUAUGUAUCUGAUAUAGCAGUCAGGUCUGAAUAUAAAGCAGUCAGGUCUGAAUAUAAAGCAGUCAGGUCUGAAUAUAAAGCAGUCUGUCAAUCUUUACCAGAAGGUAAAUUACCUGAAAACUGAAGCUAAGAUAUUAAAAAAAAACGAAGAAAAAUAAGCAAAACAAAUAAAACAAAUACAAUUCACUCAUCAAUAUCGACUCGAAAUGGAAAAAUUGCAUUAACAAGAAAAAUACUUGAAAUUAAAAUAUAGAUACUGAUAACAUAUGAUAAAUAUCACACAACAGUCUGAUGGUGACUUACCUGAUACACACACAUGCUAGACACCUGCCAAACACCUGAACCUACGUCAGAUUGACGUCUCAACACCUCCAAACAUGUCAGAACAGACAGACGCACCAUCUAAGAUACAAUCUUACGAUGGCCGUCUCUCCCUUAAACGUGUUUACAUCACUUUAAUAAAUAAAUCUUAUAAAGGCAGUUGAUAACAAAAUUAACACUCAAAUAAAUGAGCCUGAAUUAGCGUCAUUAAAGGGGUUCUGUAUUAAGCACUUAACUACAAUCUUAAAAGUGUUCUUUAAACGCAAUUAACAAUGUAUCUCUGUUUGUACUCCACAAGAAACGUGUGUAAAUUAGUGUUGAGGGUUUCUUAACUCAACCCCCCUCCCCCUAGGUGGAAAAACGGUGUUUUAACUGACCCUCCAACUGGAAAAACGGUAUUUUAAUUCACAAUCCACCUGGAAAAACGGUAUUUUAAUUCACAAUCCACCUGGAAAAACGGUGUUUUAAUUCACAAUCCACCUGGAAAAACAGUGUUUUAAUUCACAAUCCACCUGGAAAAACAGUGUUUUAAUUCACAAUCCACCUGGAAAAACGGUGUUUUAAUUCACAAUCCACCUGGAAAAACGGUAUUUUAACUCACAAUCCACCUGGAAAAACGGUGUUUUAAUUCACAAUCCACCUGGAAAAACAGUGUUUUAAUUCACAAUCCACCUGGAAAAACAGUGUUUUAAUUCACAAUCCACCUGGAAAAACGGUAUUUUAACUCAUCGCUACCUGGAAAAACGGUGUUUUUAACUCAUCCCUACCUGGAAAAACGGCGUGUUCGUAGCCUCUUCCUCACGCCUGGAGUGUUUGCGUAGUUUGUGGUGAAUGCGCCGUGUAAGACAACAAUCAACUCAUCUGAAAUGGAGUAAUACUAAUCCUCAAUAUAAAUCAAUAUUUUCAGAUAAAGACUAAAACAUUUUGCGAAAAGUGACAUCAUACAAAUGUAAACAAACACACAAACACAUAUGUAUAUAAGAAAAGAUUAAACUUCUAACAUCUUGUAAAGUGUUUUCAAACUUUUUAAGUAGACUCACAGAAAGCUAAAUGCCAAAACUAUAGAGUAAAAUUUAGAACGUCGUUUAAAGGUAGUGUUUACAAGUUGUACAGCUGUCAGUGGUGACAGGAGAUACUUAACGCAGCUGUCAGUGGUGGCUGGAGGUACUUAGCACAGCUGUCAGUGCUAAUCUUCUCACAGUGACGAAGACUUACAGUGAAAAACAGUGACCGCGAGGGUAAACAAAUAUCCCCAAGCUAAAAAAUUCCUUCAAGCACUUCGAAGACCCACAGACUUAAGCAACAAGAUCCCAAAAGAGGAAACAGGGCCUCCAGAGGGCCUGAAAAACAAAAAGGGGAGCGAGUUAAGAGAGGCGGCCGGAAUCAGACAGUCGAGAGGGUAUACACGGGCCCUCUAGAGGUCGGCCUCUACUAUGUCUCGCCCUCUAGAAGCUCCAGCGGCCUCUGGCCUCCUGCUGACGACGCUCCUGCUCCUCUCAGGUCAGACGCGACUGUGUACAGCCAUGUCAACAUAUCAAGGAGGACCUCAACUUCACCGGAUCCGGGACGUACCCAGAGGGUCCUUCUCCUCCUUCUACCCUUCUUCCUCGUCCUCCUCGUCCUCCUCCAGGAGCCACGGCGUGAUGGCCUCGGAGGACACAGACGACCACAACAAGGGCAAUGGUCACCUCACGCUACACGGGAUUGAGGUUCCCGUAUACAAGUUCCGAGGGGAGGAUGCCGAGUUAAAGUGCCGUUAUGACAGGGGUUCGGAUCCUCUCUACUCUGUUAAGUGGUACAAAGACGAUCGCGAGUUCUACAGAUAUCUAUUCAAGAUGCAAAAUCCAAAGACGACCUUCAAUACUCCCGGCGUCACUGUUGACGUGAGUGUUGAGCUUAUAUACUAAACUGUUUUGAGGUUUAUAUGUGUAUGUUUGUUGUGUGU